AUGGGUGGUUGGAAGGAGCAUAGGUGGUGUUGGGGGGAUUUAGGCUUAAAUGAGGGAGUUUUGAGGGAAGGUGGAUUCGGUAAUAUUUUGGAUGAUUUGAAGGGCCGGUUGGAGGCGUUCGAGGGGUGGAAGGAAGGGAAGGAUUCGGUGGUUUGGAGGGGAAAUUCGGAGUCAAUUUUUUCGGUUUCUUCGUGCUAUAAUUUUUAUGACCGUCUUCGAAUCCCAUUCGGUCCUCCAAAAAAGAAUGAUGGCGUUUUUGGUUUUCUUUGGAAAAUGGAUGUUCCGUUCAAAAUAAAGGCAUUUGGUUGGAGACUUUUCCGGAAUAGACUUCCCACAAAAGAUCUUUUGCUAUCUAGAGGUACCCCUUUGUCUCUUGAUAAUUUAAAGUGUGUGUUGUGUGGGAUUUGUGUGGAGAACUUGAAGCAUUUAUUUUUUAGUUGUUUGGUGGUUAAGAAUAUUUGGAGGGAAGUUGCUUUGUGGGUGGGAAAAGUGGGCAUUGGUGAGGAAGAUGGUUUGGAAAAUUUUAUGAAUUGGCACCGGUUUUUUCGUUUAAAAAAGGUGAAAGAGAGGAAGUUAGGUGUUGUUUGGCUAGCCACUAAUUGGACCAUUUGGUUGUUAAGGAAUGGGGUGUCUUUCCGGAAGGAUAAAUGGAGUAUUAAUGAUACCAUUUGGAAUAUUAAGAUGAUUGUUUGGAGGUGGACAUUUUGUGGAAAAAUUACUCAUUCCAAUUUCUCUUUUUACGAGUUUUCUAAGGAUCCGUUGUUUUUCCUCUCGUAA